GAGAAAGAGAAAGGGUGAGAGUAAGCAACCUUGCCUAACACCGGUCUUUACUUCGAACGACUUUGUCAACUGUCCUCCAUGCACAAUUUUGCAGUGUAAUCCAUCAUAUGAGUUCUGUAUGAUAUUGACUAUCUUCUGAGGCACGCCAUAGUGUCGAAGAAGUUCCCAUAGUGUUGUUCUGUCCACGCUAUCAAAUGCCUUUUCAUAGUCAAUGGAGUUGAUGUAGAGUGAUGAAUUCCAUUCAAUUGAUUGUUCCACAAUGAUCCGUAGAGUUGCGAUUUGGCCUGUACACGAUCUAUCCUUACGGAAUCCUGCCUGUUGGUCACGAAGUUGGGCGUCUACGCAGUCCUUCAUCCUGUUUAACAAUACCCUGUUGAAGACUUUUCCAGGUAUUGAGAGAAGAGUGAUGCCCCUGUAGUUAUCACACUUGCUGAGAUCGCCUUUCUUUGGUAUUUUGAUCAGAAGUCCUUCUUUUCAGUCUGUUGGUACUUGUUCCUCAUCCCAAAUCUUAUUGAAGAGAACGUGGAGUAUCCUUGCAGUUGCCGCUACGUCUGCCUUUAGUGCCUCUGCUGGGAUGUUGUCCGGUCCUGCUGCUUUGCCACUCUCGAUUUGUCUGAUGGCCAUGCUGAUUUCUUCAAUUGUUGGUGGGCCAACAUUGAUUGGGAGGUCCGUGGGUGCUGCUUCGAUGUUGGGUGGGUUCAGUGGAGCUGGUCGAUUCAACAGUUCUUUGAAGUGUUCUACCCACCUGUUUUGUUGCUCUUCAAUGUUGGUGAUUACCUUGCCCUCUUUGCUUUUCAUUGGUCGUUCUGGUUUGCGGCGAUUUCCAGAGAGUUUCUUUGUCGUGUCAUACAAUUGUCUCAUGUUUCCUUCUCUUGCAGCCUUUUCCGCCGUCGUUGCUAAAUCUUCCACAUAUUUACGUUUGUCGGUUCUGAUGCUCCUCUUCACUUGUUUGUUUAUUUCCGUGUAUUCAGCUUGUGCCUUGGCUUUUUCUGCUCUUGUUCGACUGGUAUUGAUUGCUGCCUUCUUGUUCCUCCUUUCUUGAAUCUUAUCCAGUGUGUCAACAGUGAUCCAUUCCUUGUGAUGGUACUUCUUGUGACCCAGGAUCUCAUGACAUGUUGAAGUGAUUGCUUUUUGAUCCCCUUCCAGUUGCUCUCCACAGUAGUUCCUUCUCCAUUGAGUAGAUCAUGAAAGGCCUGGAACUUGUUGCUGAGGACUAUCUUGAAUUCGUUGAGUUUGUUAGUAUCCUGAAGAAAGGCCGUAUUGAACUUUUGUGAUAUUGUCCGCCCCAUUGUCCAGUGCUUCUUGAGUUUCAAUUUCAUCUUGGCGACCAGCAAGUGAUGAUCUGAUGCUAUAUCAGCUCCUCUCUUGGUUCUCACGUCCUCUAUAGUCCUCCUGAACGUUUUGUUAAUGCAAAUAUGGUCGAUUUGGUUUUGUGUAGAGUGAUCCGGUGAAGUCCAUGUGGUUUUGUGUAUGCGUUUAUGUGGGAAUAUGGUGCCACCCAUGACCAGCUUAUUGAAGGCACAUAGAUUUGCAAAUCUCUCACCAUUUUCGUUCCUUUCUCCCAGUCCGUGACGUCCCAUGAUGUCUUCAUAUCCAGUGUUGUCCGUUCCAACCUUGGCGUUGAAAUCUCCCAUCAGAAUGGUCAGGUCCUUUGUUGGGCACUUCUCGACGAUUGACUGCAGCCUAUUGUAGAAUUGAUCUUUAGCGUCUUCAUUGUAGUCGUUGGUAGGCGCAUAGCAUUGGAUGAUGUUCAUUGAAAUAUCCUCCUUCUUUGUUUUGAACGAGGCUUUGAUGAUCCUUGGUCCAUGAGAUUCCCAUCCCAUAAGUGCAUUUUGUGCUCGUUUGGACAGCAUCAAUGCAACUCCUUGUGUAUGUGGUGCAUUUUCUUCUUCAUGGCUGGAGUAUAACAGGAGCUCUCCUGUAGUUAGUCGUUGUUGACCAACUUGUGUCCAAUGUGUUUCACUGAUCCCAAGUACCUCCAGGUUGUAUCUUCUCAUUUCUGCAGCAAUUUGGAAGGCUCUCCCGGUGUCCCACACUGUACGAACAUUCCAUGUACCUAAGUAAUUCACAGUUACAGACUUGUUCAUGUUUCUAAGUCCUUUGUGAGAGAAAUCUAUCCAUAGAUUGACUGGUUUCUCAGUUACACCUAAUUAUACCAUGUGCAUUGAAUCUAACGGGAAUGUUAAAAUCAUAUUAAUGGCACGUGUUUUGAAAUUAGAAUGCCCUUGAUCGUAAAUUGAUUCAAGCCUCUGACAAAAGCUAUCAUCAGUCCUCAACGUACGUUCACUAUUUGGAAACAUCAUCCUUCCGUCAAGGCACCGACCAACUACAACACACCUAUCACAACUUGCUUUCUCAUUGUGAUUAACUGUACGUAGCAUCCAAACGAGCAGGUGUGUCACAGAUUAUAGCGAUCAGUUUAACAGCUAUGUAUUUAUUGAACUUAAAACUACACAACCUACGUCGCUCAUUUCUUUCACUUCAGAAUGCUGUCCGCAGAUACUUCGUUAAAUUCAGCCGGCCUAGUAUUCCCUCCAUAGAUACCUAUCAUGAAGACGUCACUAAACUUAGGGGCAACGAUGCGAGGACAAAUAGCUGUUAGACCACUAGAGAUGCUGGUCGCAUUAUAAAUGCUUUCUGAGAUCUUGUACCGGAUUUACCAAGGAGCACUAGAAGUGUCUUACGAAUGUGCACAAGUCAAUAAUUGUGGCUUAUUUUAGGACGCAUCGUUGCUCCUCUCAAAUUCAUUGUAGUUGAUUUUGUUGCCCAGUUCUAAAUUCAGUCGGCAACAAAUUAUCUCAUGUAUUACACCUGCGUUCUCUCAGUGUGGUGCAAAAGUCACUACAGUGUCUUUUUGAAGUUAUUGACAUUCAUUUUGAUGACUAGUUAUUUAAAGCUAAUUCAGAAAACAGUACUCUUCAGUACUAGUGUCUUUCAACUUUGCAAUCGACUCCAUGUUGUUUUCAUCCUAGAAACGCAUAAUAUGAUGAGUAUUCGCGAUUAUUUGCACUUAAUUAUGUGUCUGAAGGUUUAUGUAAAGUUGUUUCUUUACCGGGUUGGUUAGAUUUUGAUCGUUUUCUUGUCACUAUUCAAGUAUUUUGUCUAUGUUGAAUAAGAAAACUUUAUUUUACAGCUCGAAGUUCUCUAUUCCAAAUGUCCAUGAACUUUGGAUAAUACAUUUGACAAUUAGUGAUGGCGGACAAAUGUUGAUCCUAUAGAAAGCAAUAAUCUGAGCAUGGAUAGUUCGACUUUAUACCAAAAGUUGUCAAGAUAUCUACCUUAUUCUAAAUGCAGAGUAAGUACAUGAGUGAUCUUUUAGAAAUAUAUGAUCGCAGAAUGAAGGUUGCAAAUGUAGUACAUGGAAGCUUUCAGACAAUGCGAUAGAUGAAAAACUUGUUGAAGCUAUAUGUGAAAAUUGCUGUCAUGUUCAUUAUAGCUUGUCUGAUCCAAACGAGAGCACGUGGCUUAAUAGUGCAAUGCAAAUGGUCGACGAUGUGGAACGAAUGUAUAUUUUAUGUACCAAGGAAGAAGAUUAUGAAACAAGAAAUAUAUAUUUCUGUAUUUUAAAGCGCCUUCGCAAGGCGUUAAUGAAUAAAGUACAACCCGUUUUUGAUGACAAACCUCCUUUCGAGCGACCUGAUAUCAAUACAGCUGUACGAAACGCGUUAUUAUUCUGUGCUGUUACUGAUCCUCAAAAUCCAGAAAUAACAAUUGAACUGUGUAAAUUAUUCCUAGCAUAUGUGAAUUCAUAUAAGAUCACAUAUCCAAGUCAAAGGAUUCAGAAGUAUGAAAAUAAAACAGGAUACAAAUUAAUAUAUAUGAGGUGGAUAUGCCACUGUUAUGUACCAAAGUUCUGUAAUGCCUUACCAUAUACUGAGGCUACAUGUGCAUUUGGAAAGAAUUUCUUGUUAGCCGUUUUGCCUGAAAUUAAAAGAAGACUAAUCGAAUUUUUCAAACAAGAUUCUAUAAUCCCAUCCAUGCUAGAUACAAAGAUACAUUUAAUACAACCUUUAACACGUGCUAUCCUACUCAUUGGUACUUCAUUCCCGUUCUAAUUAUUUUCUAUUCAGACUGUGUAAUUUGCUGGAAGAUAAUGUUGAGGACAAAACAACUUCCGUCUGGGAUCCGUAUUUCCAACCACCAUUGCGUCCCGACAAUGUAAUUACACCAAGCGGAUUAUUACAGUCGAUUUCUAUUGACCACGUGGUCGAUUUCUCUACACAUCAACGUAAUAUAAUCAUCAGUAGUUCAAGUGAACUGAAAAGUGAUUCAAUUGUUACACCAGCUCUCACUGAUCUAAAAUCAGAGAAACUGUUUAGUAAUCCAGAUUUGGUGAAUGGUGAUAAGGAUAUGGUAGUUAAUACACCUAUUAAGUCUGAACCUGAAGAGUCACUUACAAAACCUGCCAAAGUAACUGAUCAUACAACGCACCGAAGAACAAGCGUACGUCUUCGAAGUCAAUUAUCGAUUAAUACACAAUCCUCUGUGAGUGAUUCAGAAAAGUCGAACUGUAAAUCAGAAGACAAAACUGUGGUCACCGAUAGCAAUACUAAAAAGUCAUUGAAUGAUAAGUUAAAUAUUUCAGAUGUUAGUAGUACAGAAUUAGAACAAAUUCUACAAGAAAUGAAAAACAGUGAAAGCCCUUGUAAAGGAUUUUAUCCUUUUCAAACGCCAUACUGGAUAAUGUCGUGCCCAAUAAACUAUGAUUAUAUCUGUGUUCUUAGUGCAUAAAUAUGUAAUGGAGUCAUGUACGUACGUACGCAGUUCUACGUUGUUGACUGACUGACUGGAGUCAUGCUUUCAAACAUAUUCCAUUCACUUCGCCCUAACUAUAUAACUAGUAUCAUUAAUCAUCAUCCAAAAAUAUUACUCAUUUAUAUCUUAAAAGAAGUCAGCACUAAAAUUCAUAUAUUGUUGGACAAUGUUAGUAUUUUACAAAUUAACUGAUAUUUACACACCUAUUUCGUUCAUGAUUGUGUAAAAGUACACAUGUACUAAUUUUCUUAAAAUCAAUCACUCAGACUCAGAUACUCAGUGAAAAAUCAUAACUUCAAAAUCGUGUUGAAUAUCCACUUUCAUGAAUUCAGCAUACAGAACUGUUUUAUUUGCUUGUGGUGUGUAUUGUAAAUAAUAACAACCCCUUGUAGAAAUAAAUUACUUAUCUGUUUUGUUAUAGUGGUGAAAUCCUUAAUUAGUUUAUUUAUUCAAUUGUGGAUUGUCUCUUUCUUUCUUGAUAACUUGUUAGCUUCAUUCGUUAAAUGCAACAAGAGAUGCCGCUGCACGUCAAGAAGAAUCAGCUGGGAAUAUUGAAUUUCAUAUAGUUAAUAAUAGUUUAAAUCCUAAUCAACCCCCACAAACAUAUAUUUGGCUUUUGGAGUUAUUAAAUGUAUUUGCUUUGCAAUUACCUCGUAUGCCGAAGGAAUACAUUGCACGACUUAUUUUUGACCCGUAAGUUUGUAUACGUGAUAUUCACAAUUGUUGUUUUUUACUUUUUUUGAUGGGUUGUUUUCCCGACUCAACUAUUUCGAAAGAUAUACUCUUUUUUGUCAACUAAACUGUUAUUCAUAAAUUCCAAUAUUGAAUAAUUUAACUGAAAUGUAUUUUAAUUUUAUGUACUUCUUAAAAUAAUUUUCCAGAUGUGUCUCAGUGGUUUGCGGAUUCUUCUUUCAACUAUUGGAUCACAAUCCAGUGUCAUUGUUUAGAGUUAAAACAGUCUAUUAGUAGUACUAUUUCUCAUACAGCAAGUCUUUUGAGUCGGAGUUUGGUAUAGUUAAAUGUUAUCUUACAUUUACGAUUAUUCCUUCCAACUAACAAAAGUGUAGUCUUCCAAUGUGACAAGACUGAAAUUUGUAAUUAGAAGUCGUGAAGGUUCUGUUAUAAUCAUAUAUGUAAUUAUUAUACUCUAAACAAUUCGCUCAAUUAAUCUCUUACGACGGUAUAAAAAGAUAUUUAAGCAGGAAUGUUAUUGUUUUGUUUGCAUGAAUUAUCAUGUAAAACCUGUCAAUCAGUAUGUGAUUCAGUCAGUCAGUCAGUAACAACGUAGAACUUAGUACGUACAUACAUCAGCUCAAGUUGCCACACCACAUUAGCACUGAGAUGCAGUUGUCGAUUCAAAUCCCGUAGUGGUACAGGUAGUAAGAGUAUAAGCAGUAAUCGGAAACAUUAGUGUUUGGAGAUGUUAUUCAAAGAGUAUAAUCCAGUGAAAUAAAUUUGGAAAGAGGAAUAAAGAGACAAAGAUGAUUCAGGAGAUUAGAAUUUGGGAGAACACAGAGUGGAUGCACCUGCACCAUUACAAACGAUUUUGAGCCAUGUCAUUCAGGGUCUCUAACCAUCGGUUGCUAUCAUCUCGCGGUCCCCAACAAGGUAGUCUACACCUACCAACAUGACUCAGUUCACUUGUCAGUGACUUUAUGGAUUUGCGCCGUGUUUUGGUCUGGCCACCCCUAGUUUUCUUCCAACCUACUGCUAUACCACUGAACAUCGCACGUCGAGGCAGUCGGUGGUUGGGCAUUCGUAACACGUGUCACAGCCAUCUCAACUGAUCAAGUUUCACCACGUCAUCAAUCGAUUUGCCAUCCUUACCUAGUACCCGUUUCCUAACAACUCCGUUACUUACUUGAUGGUCCCACGAUAUACGAGCAAUGUUUCGAAGACACCUAUGAUCAAGCAUGUGAUUAAUUAUCAACCAAGUCAUUAGUAUAUAUAUUACCAUAUCGUGACUUUUCACUUCGAUGUAUUUAUUUAUUUAUUUGAACACAUAUAUAUUAGUACAGGAGUGCGCCAAAUAUAUAUGCGCCACACAAAACAAUGAGAAUUUUAGAAGAAGAAAAAGAAAAAAGUGGGGAACGUAAAAAAGAUAUAAAAAAACAAUAACGAAGAGAUUGGUGUAAGGUAGUGUAAUAAUAAUAGUAAUAGUAGGGGAACAGAAGGGUACAAUCAGAAGAAAUCUUUCACUUAAGGAAGAUACAACCACGUUUUAUGAAGAAAGUAAAAGAAGGUUACAGCAUGAUCGCCACUGGCUUCUAUUCUGAGCCAUAUCUGAUAACGUCUCUGGCCACUGUGUUGUACCAUCUCUCGGACCCCAACCAGGGAGUCGUGGAGGACCAACAGAAGCCAGCCCUUUGCAGCUUUCUUUCAUACCACGACACCAUGUCAUAUACUGACCACCUCUCCGCUUUUUCCAACCAGUUCUAGAGUCGGCAAAUAAUGCACGACGUGGAAUUCUCUGGGACGACAUUCGUA